ACUCACUCAGAUGAGACGACUCUGUGCAGUAGCAGGAAGCGCGACUCUCCCAAAACUACACUCGAGCUCUUCCAUCCUUGCUCGAAUCAGGCUUCGACACUCGUCUCCGCCACUUUCGCCGUUAGGGAGUGAAUCUUCUUCAUCUAUUCUCUCUUCUUCCCGAUUGCUAACAGUCUCAUCCAUGGCUUCUGGAGCUGUUUUCAAUUUGUCUGAUUCUAGUAUUCUCCAAAUCCUUAAAGGCGACAUCACCAAAUGGUCCGUUGAUGCAUCCUCCGAUGCUAUUGUGAAUCCAGCAAAUGAGAGAAUGCUAGGUGGUGGUGGUGCUGAUGGAGCAAUACAUAGAGCUGCUGGGCCACAGCUUAGAGCAGCGUGCUAUGAGGUCUCUGAAGUUCGUCCCGGUGUCCGUUGUCCAUUAGGUGAAGCAAGAAUCACUCCGGGUUUUAACUUGCCUGCAUCACGCGUGAUUCACACCGUUGGACCUAUCUACGACUCAGCUGUCAACCCUAAAGAAUCCCUCACCAAUUCUUACAGGAAUAGUCUGACAGUGGCUAAGGAAAACAACAUCAAGUACAUUGCAUUUCCUGCCAUAUCUUGUGGGAUUUACGGAUAUCCUUUUGAUGAAGCUGCUGUGGUCGGUAUAUCAACCAUCAAAGAGUUCGCCAACGACUUUAAAGAGGUGCAUUUUGUUUUGUUCGCCGAGGAUAUCUAUAGCGUGUGGGUAAACAAAGCUAAAGAAGUGCUACAAGAAGCUUAAGCUUCCCUCUGCCGCUGCAGCCUAAGUAGUCCCGAGUAAAACAUGAGUUAUAUUGCUAUGUUGUGUUGUGUGAUGAGAGCCUUUUGUGAUUCUCCACACAAAAACAUUUGUUAUUUGUUUUAGUGUGUUGAGAGCGUUGUGAUUGUUCGUAAAUGGUUAUGG